AUGGCCGCGCGGGCGCCCGCGCCCCGGGUGCUGCUCUGCCUCGGGGCGCUGCUGGCCCGCGGGGCCGCCGCAGGCCUGGAGGCUGUCGUCAUCGGAGAGGUUCUUGAGAACGUGACUCUUCCCUGCGGCAACAUCUCGGCAACCAGGGGCCUGGUGACCUGGUACCGGAAUGACUCGGAGCCCGUCUUCCUCCUGUCCUCCAAUGCCAGCCGCCCGCCAGCCCAGCCCCGCUUCUCCCUGGUGAACGCCAGCUCCCUGCACAUCGAGGCACUGAGCCUGCAGGACGAGGGCAACUACACCUGCUGGGAGGCCCUGAACGAGACUCGGUGGUUCCACGUGUGGCUGCAGGUGGCCAGCGGCCCGGACCGGCUGGCAGUGAACGUCUCCUCCACGGGCGCCCUCCCCAACGGCACCCGCUUCGCCGCGCGCGGCUCCCGCGUGGACUUCGGCUGCGCCAGCAGCUCCCGGCCGCCGCCCCUGGUCGAGUGGUGGUUCCAGGCCCCGGGGUCCAGGCCCGAGCCCUUCGGGAGCAACCGGACGGCCAGCGGCUUCUCGCUGAUCCUCAUGUCGCCGAACCUGCAGGGCAACUACACCUGCCGCGCCCGCAACCCGCUCAGCGGCCGGCAGCGCAGCAGCACCACCGAGCUCCUGGUCUACGCUCCCCCUGUGUCAGACCUUGAGUGCUGGGCAGAGAUGUCACCAAGCCCGUUCCUGCUGCAGCUCACCUGUCGCUGGGACGGGGGGUACCCGGACCCUAACUUCCUGUGGACAGAAGAGCCAGGAGGCGUGGUUGUGGGGACGUCCAAGUUGGAGACGCUGAACCGGUCCCAGCUGUCAGAUGGCCAGAAGUUCAAGUGCGUCGGGAGCCACAUAGCAGGGCCGGAGCCGGGCGCCAGCUGCAUGGUGCAGAUCCGGAGCCCUUCCCUUCUCUCCGAGCCCCUGAAGACUUGCUUCGUGGGGGGCAACGUGACCCUCACCUGCCUGGUGUCUGGAGCCUACCCCGCUGCCAAGAUCCUGUGGCUGCGGAACCUCACCCAGCCCGAGGUGGUCAUCCAGCCCAGCAGCCACUACGUCAUCUCCCAGAAGGGCCAGAGCUCCACCCUGACCGUCCGGAACUGCUCCCAGGCCCUGGAUGAGGGUUACUACGUCUGCCAAGCCGAGAACCCCGUGGGGGUGAGGGAGGCGGCCACCUGGCUGAGCGUGAAAGAGCCCCUGAACAUCGUGGGCAUUGUGGGCACCAUCGUGAGCCUCCUCCUGCUGGGCCUGGCCAUCGUCUCGGGGCUCCUGCUCUACUACAGCCCGGUGCUCUGCUGGAAACUGGGAAGCACUGUCAGGGGGCAAGACAUGGGCGACGUCAUGGUUCUGGUGGAUGAGGAAGAAGAGGCGGAGGAAGAAGAAAAUGCUGCAGAGGAGGAGGAGGAAGAGGAGAGAGAAGAGGAGGAGGAAGCAGCCAACGAGAGGGAGGCGUUCCCAAAGGAAAUACACAAGCAUGGCCGCGUCCACAGAGUGACCGCCCUGGUGAACGGCAACCUCGACUGGAUGGCCAACGGGCUGCCGCCUCUGCAGGAUGAGAGCAGCGAGCAGCAGAGUGAGCUGGUCCGUGAGGAAGACAGGCCGGUGUGA